AAGAAGAGGAUUAGAAAAAAGAGCAACGCCAUGAAGGAUCGAUCCAAGGAAGAUAAUAAGGCCUGGGUAGACGAAUGGAUCUGCGGGGGACAGAGGCAGGCGGAUCAGGGAAAGAUGACAGCUGAUGUAGUCGAGGAGGAGAAGAUGGAGGAUGAUGUCGCCAUGGAGGAGGAGGAGGUGAUGUCGUCUGCGCCUAGCUCUCCACUCCGCGCGCCGUACAAGCCCGAUGAGCAUAGGUUCAACAGGGAUCCCGCCUACGACGAGGCCUUUAAUCGCGUCGAAGCCAGAUACAAGGAAAAAACAGCUCGCCAGAUGAAACUGCCCACGCUUGAUGAGUACAAACCCCGCACACGCCAUGUGAAGGAUCCAAAGCCUCUUUCCAUUGGGGAGUCUGAAAGAAAGACGGUGCUUAGUGCUGCCAAAUUUGUUGUUGGGGUUUCAUCUUCUGUCGGUGGCGACCCACUAAGUCGGGGCUCUGGUUUCUGGAUCGACUGGGAUGAGGACAACAAAACUGGCAUUGUUUUGACGACCGCGGAUUUAGUUCUUAGAAGCGACCGGUCAAACAUUCUCAAAAAGGUGUAUGUUCAUGAUGCUGAGGUUAUUGUUCAUAUGCGGGAUAACACUACUGCACGGGCCCACUUUCUCUACUACCAGCAACACUACAAUCUCGCCUUAUUUAGGGUUACCAUGGACCAACCUGUUCAUGUUCCCUCUUUUAAAGGUGAAGUGCAAUGUGCUCAAGAGAUUUUUGAGCUAGGAAGAGAUGAACAUUCAUAUCUAAGGAUAAGCCAUGGUAGGGUGAAAUAUUCAGAUACAAGAUACUUUGAUGGGUAUCAUUGCAUGAAUAUUCUUGGUGGACAUGAACGUUUUGAGUAUAGCAAAGGAGGGCCAGUCAUUGACUUUGAUGGGAAUGUUGUUGGAAUGAUUAUUCAAGGAGGAUCUUUUAUGCUUUCUUCUAUUUUACUGAAGUGUUUGCAUAUAUGGAGGAAAUUUCGAUGCAUCCCACGACCCCAGCUUGGAUUAAAUCUUCGCGCCAUCAGACUUCUAGAUGUUGCUAUUAUUGAAAAGAUAUCGGUAAAGUGCAACAUUGAUGAGGGUUUAAUCGUGAAAGAGGUGUCUAAAGGAAGUCAUGCUGAAAAACUUGGGAUACGAGUCGGUGAUGUCGUUGAAUGUUUAAAUGGAGAACGCAUUUGUAAUACAUUUGAGUUAGAGAACAUAUUGCUGAGCACAUGCGAGGGCCAUUUAGAAAGAGGAAAUGCCUACAAUUCCAAAGUGGAUAUUGUGAUCACGGUGUUUCAUACGCGCAAAGGUCUAAGAAGAAUCAAGACAUUGUCUCUAGAAUUAUCUGAGUGCAAAGAAUAUGUUCGAAGGGUUUUUUAUCCUUUUACUAUUGGAGAAGGGACUUCUGCUUCAGUAUCAGUUGACCAAGAGGACUCAGAUUAA